AUGUUAGGAAACAAUACUAAGAGCAUGUUGAAGAUAUCUAACAAGAUGAGAGGAAUGAAUCAUUCCCUUCGCAACACUUCUUGUUUAUUUAAUCAACAAUUUAAAAGACAAUUUUUGACCUCAUCAAUUAAUGGUCAACAAUGCAGAAAUGCAAGCACAUCAGAUAUUGCAUCAACAUCAUUGAAAAAGAAGAAGGACAGCAAGUUUUAUUCAUUUUGUCAAACACAAUUUCCAAACAAGUUUAAGGUUGGAGAGUGUAAUAUUGUGGAGGAAUUAUUUUCUGCAGAAAGUCAAAAGUUGUGUUUCAGUGAAAUUUCAAAGAGAAGUGUCGUUACAGUGGAGGGAGAACAUUCUGAUUCAUUCAUUCAUUCACUCGUAACAAGUGAUGUUUCUAAAAAACUCAUUGUUCGAGAUGAAACAAAGAAAAAUCUUCCAACACAUAGCUCUCAACCUUCCUUGUUCCUUUCUCCAAAGGGAAGAGUUCUCUUUGAUGCAAUUUUGAGUGUGGAAUUUGAAAGUGAUGGAUCUUUGAAAAAUAAUCGUAAAAUUUAUAUUGAACAUGAGGCAUCUCAAACUGAACAUUUGUAUAAUUAUUUAAAGAGUCACGUAUUGAGAAAAAAGGUUAAAAUUGAGAAAUUUUCAAAUAAUUUCCAAUCUACUACUACUACAACUUCAGAAGGCCCAAUUGUUAAAGUUUUUGCCUUGUUUGGAAAUAAGAUUUUGAAAUCUAGAAAACCUGACUUGCAAUACAAGUGGAAAGAUUCUGUGGUUUGUGUCAAGGAUCCAAGAAUUCCAACUCUCGGUUACAGAAUUUAUGGAUUCUUUUCAAAUCAAGAACAAUACGAACAAUUUAAACAUGAUGUGAGUGCAGAACUCUCUAAAAAACUCUUGGUUGACACUGAAAGUGCUGAAUAUUAUGAAAGAAUUCGUUUAUUAUCUGGAAUUGCUGAAAACUCUGUAGAUAUUCCAUCAGAUAGUGCAUUCCCAAUGGAAUCAGGAUUUGAACAAAUUGGUGGUAUUCAUUUUGGUAAGGGAUGUUAUGUUGGACAAGAGCUCACAAAUAGAACCUUUCACAGAGGAGAAAUCAGAAAGAGAAUAGUUAUCAUUAAGGGAGAUAAAUUACCAGAAGCUGGUUCUGAUCUCCAAUUUACUGGAUCAAAUACUGAAGAGCUCAGAAGUGAUAAGGCUGGUAGAAUGUGCUCUCGUGAUGAACAAGUUGGCUUGGCCACUGUUAAAUUUGAACCUCUCUUGGAGAAGGACUCCACUUUGGAAUUGUCAUUUACCAAUAGUCAAGAUGGAAGUACAAAUACUCUCAAAAUUGUACCUCCAUAUUGGUUAGCCCUCUAA